AUUACCUUUUACCAACGUAAAUUCUGUAUCAAAACAAAAAUUGAUGCGCCUGCGUGAUGUUGAAUUACCUAUAAAUAGGCAACUCACUUUCGAUAAACAGAUUAAUCGUGUUAAGAUCCAUCUCACUAAAAAUUCGUUAUCUCCUUAAAUGUACCGAAAAAAAGAAAAAUCGAGGAUGAAAACUUUGUCGAUUAUUCUGUUUGUGCUGGUCGUUACGAGGAUGAUUCACAGUUACGAUUACAGACGCGCACAAAGGUUCUAUUACUAUUUGACAGGAUGCAGCACUCAGUUUGGCAAGACGGAAGUUUCUUUUCGUCCUGAUAUAUUUUACUGCGCGUUGAAAAAGGAUCGCCAUGCAUUUGACAAAGAUGGUCGGGUGGUAUUAAAUAAAGGUUUAAAUUUCAUUUGGGAUAUUAUACCUAAAGCAGAUGAUGCGUUAAAAGUAUAUGAUAUUUUCAAGGCUUGCUACACGACUGAAUAUUUUAACUUUGAUAUGCCAGAUGUACAGACAAUAAAGAUUAUCAAGUGCACCUUGUUGGAUUCGGAUAUGUCUCAAUACUUUCGAAACAUAGAUUAAAAGCAACUUGCAAAUUUUGCUUCAUAUAAUAAUAUAAGAUUGUAUUUCAAUAUAUAACAUUG